AUGGAGUCCCUCGACGAUGAUCAGAUACCUCGCGCGCCCACCCCUGUUGAGGACAACGACGAUACGCCCCGGGGUUCACUCUGCUACCCUCCCUCCAGUCAAACAUCGCUCAAUCGUAUCCCAACUGAGCUUUUUAUAUCUCCAAGUGCCCCUACUGGAUCCCAUUCAUCAUUGACGCGCGUACCUACCGAGACCCUGUCCUCGUCUCAGCAGUCCCAGCAGUCCGAUGGCUCAUCCGCGUCAACAGUCAUCUUCAUAAUCAAUCCGAACGCUCAGACUGGUUUCACGGGCAACCCGCCGACUACCGCUACUGCUGUUCGAGCCCACAGCAGCCUGUAUACGCCUACUCACUUGAACGACGAACAGUUACAAGCACUCGUGUUGGAACGGCAGUACGAACAGGAGGCUGUGCUACGCCAACUCCUAGAAGGCCGGGGCGUCCAGAUCUACUCCCGCGUUGGUGAGACGCAGGCUACAACGCUCAUGCGACUCGCUGCGGAGUGUCUACGUUCUCCACAGAGGCCGCCGACUGACGCAACUACAACUGCGACGCAUGCUAUCCCCGCCCGCAUGGAUGUGCAGUACCUCGGCGAGUUCGAGUCGGGCCAGCUCUGGGCGUGA